AUGGUAACUCCCUUGGAAGGUGCUGGCACUUGCCCCGGAAGCUCUCCAAUGUGGUCCCCCAAAACCAUCCACCUUCAUCCAUCACCACUCCCAUCAAAAGAUGAGUCCCAGGUGAUACGUACUUCUUCAAAUUGCUUGCUUCAAAUAAAAUCUAACACGGGUGUCGAUGAGAGCUGUAGCCUAAUUUACGUGUCUCAGACCUAUAGAAAAAGACUUUGGGGAAAGGAAAAGUGUGCCUUCUACUACUGGGAAACAGAAAGGACACAUCACGCUAUGGGAAAUUUUCCAAACAUGGGAAGAAUGUUCCCAAUUAAGAAGAUGUAUGAUGUGUACUUCCACAACCAGCGGGUGUGCUCUGGGACUCACCCAGAAGAGAUGAUGGCCCGGAGGCAACAGGGACACGUCUGGCUGCAGGAGAGUGUUCUAUCUCCUUCUCUUCCCUACCGCAGCAGCUGGGUUCCUGUGGCCUGCCAAGGAGAGCAGUGCACCUGUGUGCAGCAUGGGAUAACUGUGCUGCUUCAGGAUGAAACUGACAUCUCUUUCCCAGCUAAUGGUUAGAAACUCAUUGAAGUGGGUGAUAAACACAAACUUCGUACCUUUUAUGAGAAGCCUAUGGCCACAGAAGUUGCUGCUGAUGUUCGGUGGAAGGGUUAUGUGGUCCUAAUCAAUGGUGGUGAUGACAAACAAGUCUUCCCCAUGAGGCAGGAUGUCUUGACCCAUGGCCCUGUUGUCCUGCUGCUGACUAGGGUGCGUUCCUGCUAUAGACCAAGGAGGACUGAAGAGAGAAAGUACAAAUAUGUUCAGGGUUGCAUGGUGGAUGCCAAUCUCAGAGUUCUCAACAUGGUCAUUGUGAAAAAAGGGGGGAAGGAUAUACCUGGACUUACUGAUACUACUGUGCCUCAUCACUUGGGGCCCAAAAUAGCCAGCAGAAUCUGCAAACUUUUCAGGUCCACAUCUAAAGAAGAUGAUGUCCACAAGUUUGUUGUGAGAAAGCCCCUAAACAAAGAUUACAAGAAACCUAGAACCAAAGUGCCCAUGAUUCAGCAUCUUGUUAUUCCAUGUGUCUUCCAACACAGAUGUCGGCGUAUUCCUUUGAAGAAACAACAAAUUAAGAAAAAUAAGGAAGAGGCUGCAGAUUAUGCUAAAUUUUUGGCCAAGAAAAUGAAGGAGGCCAAAGUAAAAUGCCAGGAACAGAUUGCCAACAGACAGAGGCUGUCUUCUGUGAGAACUACCUCUAAGUCAGAGUCCAGUUAA